ACUAGUUGCCGCAGAACAAUCGCUUAGUGAAGUUGUAAUCCAUAAAGAAAUGCUUGAAUAAUGCGAAAAAUCCCCGUGGCAUAACAGUAUUCCUACAAAAUAUAAACAAGUGUUUUAAAAGUGAAUUUUAGUAUUUUUUCCAAUAAUUAAAUGGAAAACUAUAAAAUAUAGUAUAUAAAUGUGCAAAUGCAGACGCUAAAAAUAGUUGCUUUUAAAUGCUAUGCCUUGAUUGCUGGCAUUGGAAAAGUGUUCACGCAGAAAUAAAAUUAUUUAACAAAUUUUUCAACUUUUAUUAAAUAAUGUUUAAAGUGAAAGUGAAUUAUAAACUGAGUAUUAAACAAUAAAUAAUCUGUGUUAAUAAAUAUAAAAACAAAAUUAAAAUGGCUGCCAUUUUACAACAUUUUAAGACGAUGCUACAGCGUUAUCCCGUUACAAGGGGUAUGGUUUCAUAUAGCCUGAUUUGGCCGACGAGUUCACUCAUACAACAGACCUUCGAAGGGAAAAGAUGGCCGGACUACGAUUGGUGGCGUGCGUUACGUUUCAGUCUAUAUGGCGGAUUUUUCGUCGCGCCAACGCUGUAUAGUUGGAUUAAGGUUUCCAGCGCCAUGUGGCCGCGUACAUCGCUGCGGACGGCGGUGUUCAAAACAGCCGUCGAACAGAUUUCCUACACACCUGCUGCCAUGACAUGCUUUUAUUUCCUAAUGAGCCUGCUGGAAAUGAAGACCGUGGACGAGGCAGCCGCGGAGGUGCGCAAGAAAUUCAUACCCACGUAUAAGGUGGCUAUGUCAAUUUGGCCCGUUGUUGGCAUAAUAAAUUUCUCCGUCGUACCAGAGAAGAAUCGAGUGCCUUUCAUCAGUGUUUGUAGUUUGUUAUGGACAUGCUUCUUGGCUUAUAUGAAACAUCUGGAGCACCAGCAUGUAGACGAAAUGGAUAAUAUAUUCACGUCCAAGGACGCUAAAGCGAAGGCGUGAAUGGCUGGCAUGAUUUAUAUAUACAUAUGUAUAUACAUAUAUAAGUAGAUUAAAUAAUUAUUUGA